AUGCUGAUCUUGUAUACGACAGGACAUCAACAACUUCCUAUCCCGAGUCCAGCAACAAGACCUCAAGAGUCAGUCCCCAGUAGCUUGACUCUAGUCCACAGCCUUGAGGCCAACCUCUGGGGUCCCACAAAAGAACUUCGAGGCGACGAGAGUAUCCUCCAAAGUCCAUUUAGUGGUUGCACAUUACUUGAUACUCAGCAAAGGUUGCAGGAUAUGGUUACUGCUACGGGCUCUAAGCUGAUCACUGAUUGGUUCUUGGUGCUGGAUGAAGAGUCAGUGGAGACUUCUACUGCUGUCAUAGUCAGAGUCGACGAAGGAGAGGUACUUUCAGCUCGUGUGGCUUAUCCAGUGUCAUCGAGAUAUCUGUCUGCAGCGAGUGUGGCUCAUCCUUCACUUGACGAAUUGAUUGAGAUCGCAAAUGAAGAGUCAGGUGGAGUCAUUAGAGAUUGA